AUGCCUACUUUCCGUCCAGAUUUGAAUAGCUUCGGUGCCUUCCUGGCAAGCUUUGCUAUUGCCUUUUCCCCUGUUAUUCAGAGCACAUUGACCAGAAUAUACGUCUUUAACCCUUAUCGCGAGCUGUACGACUAUGUUGUCCCAACUCUCUUCGAUUCCGGGCAGUCACAUGCAGCUCGCGUUUGGAGGAAACGUUUCGUUUUGUUCAACGACCAUGCCAUGUCGCAAAAGUCUAUGCCAUUUCUUGACUUUUUGUCCCGCUACUUUCCCAAAGUGCAGCUCACCAAUGAAGAGUCAGCAAUACUCAACCGAGAUGCGGUUACCAAUAAUGAUGGUGCGGCAUCUGAUAUAGCAGACAAUGAUAUCCACUCAAGUCAGUACAAGGGCUUGUUCAGCGAUAAUUUUACAGCCCGGUGGUUCGCCAGCUCUUGGACGUCGUCCGAGUUUGCAAUCAAUCUCAUGCAUAAACUUGGCCUUCGGACAAUUGGACCGCAAUCAUUGCAGUCAGUUGCUCUAAGAGAACAAGAUGUUCAAGGGGUCAAUGAUCGCUUGGCACAGUUUCGAGAACUGGGAAUCGACAUUUCCCCAACAGUUUAUUGCAAUGCUGUUAUAUCAUUUGCUCAAAGAGGAGAGGACGAGCUGCUCAGAGACCUGUUGCACUGCGAUAUACAUCCCGAUGAAUUCGAAAAUUCGGAGACCAGAGUGAUGCUGCUCGCUGCUUCUGCCAAACAGCAGGAUUGGAGUCGGGAACGACUACUCCAAGAAGUCGAGGCUCUGAUGGCUAAGCCAGCACCAAGAAAAGAAAAGACCCUCUCCGAAGAGCUUAACAAUAAUCUCUGGGCUGCCCUAUCGACACAAGGACUGGCGAAAGUGAGGAGUGUUUUUGACAAGAUGGACAACCUGAGUGUCAGUAUAGAACAGACGAACUCAGAAGUAUUUCUUGCCCGUGUGUUUGAAGGCAUUUGGUAUCACCCAAAAUUGAGCAAACAGAAACUCCAUGGCUACCAAGAAGAUCCCCAGCUUGAUAGAGCUAUCCAUUUAUCUCUGCGGGUAGCACGGCAUGGGGUUGCUAUUCCCAUCAAGUAUUGGCAAAUCCUGCUCUAUAACCUUGGACGUCUGGGACGUUUCAAUGAGCUUGAGCAGCUUAGUCACGAGAUAUGUGAACUGUACAGCCCGGAUCCUGGGGGGCUGAUUCCUGUACAUCGGUGUGACGUGCCGCCCAAACCCAAGUCGAAACCCAAGGUGUCAAACAAUGACACUGGGGGAUGGGUUGAGUACCACUCAUUUCCGGACGGCAAGAAGAAGACAAGCCACUUCAAAGAGGAGUUUUGGAGAGCUGAGAUAGGCCUGACCGAAGAGGAACCGAAAGAGAUUGCGACCAAACCAGAACCUGCUACCAAGUCUGACAACCUCUCGAAACAAGGCAACGAUCCUGAGUAUACUUUUUGCAUACCAGCCGACUUACCCUUUACCAAUAGGCAACACCCCAUACAGAAGAUUUUUGAUAUGAGCCUGCAGCGUGCCAUCAUUCGAUGGGGCUUCGACAAGACUCUGGGACAAGAGCCGAUCCAGCUUUCCCUUGCAAGGGUCAAGCCAGGAGGAAUUACAGACUUCGACUUAGCAUGUGGCGUCCGUCUUUUGGCUCUGCUGAGGCAAAAGGGCGUCUACGUCGAUCAACAAGUUGUGCGAAGUGCUAUCAUCAAGCGGCUCGCAGUGGCACACCUGCCAGGGAGGACAAGAGCAAGGGCGAGAGACGAUAGGGAGAUGUCGCCCACGAAUAUCAAGGAAUUGGUGGAAAAGGCCUGGGGCUCUGCAAUUCUUCCCAACGAGAAACAGUUGUCCCUGGAGUUGGAGAAAACGAAGCCAAAGUUGUGGAAGAACUUUCCAAAGCUUUUCGAGAAGAGUUAUGAUAAAAACGAAAACAAGUGA